UUUUAUUUAUAACACUUUUGGAUCAUGGAUCAGGCUGCUCAAGAUCAUUUGGAAAUGAAGAAGAUGCAAAAUGAUGAACACUUCAAGACACUCAAGAGUAUCAAGGAUACUAAAAGCUCUCCCUUCUUCCAAGGAAACAAGGUGCUGUCUUGAUCUCGUGUGCUUAUGAAGAACGGACAGAGUGUAGCUAUCCCUUUCAAGGCCCUGCCAGUGCCUAAAGAUCUGAGAUUGAAACAAUCUCAGCAGAAAACUUCUAUGGCAAAAGAUACUUUCAAGGUCAGGAAUAGCUUACAUGCAGGAAUGGUGAGAAAACCUUUGGAGAAGUAUCACCCGAAUGCUCAUAGGAGUAGGCUUCCUUCUCCAACCGUUGUAAUGCCGUAUAAAAACUCUUCGUCCAUCAUUAUUGGAGACAGGAGCUACCAAGAUAGAAGGAAGUAUGUGUCAACUAACAGAAAUUCCUUCUCAAGAGUUGCCGAGAUGAACACUUCUAAUGGAGGUAUCAUCUCGACCAAGACUAAGUGGAAGAAACAUUUGCAAGAAUUAUAGAUAAUUAUUGCAUUCUCAAUGUUUAU